AUGGGCGAUGAUGGAGAUGAGUGGAAUGCCGCAACCUUUGAAGGUGCCAUUGAAGCAGCCAAGAAGGAAUUCCUCUCUGAUUGUUCUGAUACGUGUAGUGGCACCAAUGACGAUGUCACUGUGAGAUUGAACUACAAGGACUUGGUGGAAGUGUUGAGUAAAGGAAAAGGCUCUGACUUGAGCCAAGAAGAACGUCGCUUGGUGUCCUUUCAGGUUCGAUCGCACAACGUACAAGUCAAACGAUGGCAAGUCCAUCGCGAACGACAAGCACAUCGUAGUCAGACAGCGCGCGGCAAUUUUCUAGUGAUUACCAGUUACACCAAUGAUGACUACUACAAGCCCCUGGGAGACUACUGUGCGCAACAGAAUCGACUCUAUUGUGAACGACACAACUACCACUUUCAAGCCACGGUCCUUCCAAAAGACGAAAUGCUCCAAGAAAUUGCGCCUCGUGAUUUUGGUUCCUACCACAAAAUCAAACUACUGAGAGGCGCCCUACAGAAUAAUGACUUGUACUUGCAACAACACAACAUUGAAUAUCUCGUCUGGAUGGACGCCGAUGCCUGUGUCAUUGAACCCCAGCAGACACUCCAAGACAUUGUCCAACAAGCCAACAACACUGAUCUCAUAAUUGCCGAAGAUCAAACUCCCUCGUGUCUCAUCAAUUGUGGUGUCAUGAUCUUUCGCGUGUGUGCUUGGUCUACGCAGCUCUUGCAAGCUGUUUGGGAGGAACCCAAAUUUCACCAAAAACGACACUACGAACAAUCGGCACUCCAAAAAGUACUCGCACAACAAGGAGAAGGACUCGAACUGCAUCAACCAAACUUUCAUACCUACACUUCCCACAAUAACAAUAACAACAACAACAACUACCAAUGGAAACACUUUCCCCAUGUCUGUGUCUUACCACGCUCGCAACUCAAUACCAGAAUUAUGGAUCACGACGACAACAACAACGCUGAUACGAACGAGUCUGCGAAAUUCAUCUUUCAUCCGGCAGGGUUGCCCCACAAACUAGAAAAGAUUCAGUACAUGGUACAACAACGACAACAACAGCAGCAACAACAAGAUGCGUCAUGA